GAAUAUUAAUUUUUAAUAAAACGACUGUAAAUUGUGUAAUCUAGUUAAUUUAAAUUAUCCAGAUGUCUUCUGUGUCUCCAGAUCUGUCGAACAGUUCCAUGAACGCAUCAAUGACAUCUUCAUCGCGUGACAUUGAUGAAGAAACUAAAAAUCUUUUUAAAGAUUAUAAAAUAAUGUCAAAAGAUGAAUUAGUUGAGAUCAUUGAGAAGUGUAAAGAUCUUAUUACAGAAUCUGAGGAGAUGAGCAAUCAAAGAAAAUGGCUUAUAAGAAGACUAAUAGAUCUUAGAUAUCGUUUUGCUCAUAUAAAUGCUUUGCGUGAAGACAUUCCCGAUGAUGACAUUUCGAUCGCACAUCACAACUUCAAAAUUCUGAAACAAUAUCCGUCAAAAAGGAUUUUUUGUGAUUUUUGUACGAAUAUAAUUUGGAUGUUUCAACAAUGUUAUUCUUGUGUACAAUGCUAUUAUUUCGUCCACACGAAAUGUUUGAAAUAUGUUACUAGAACAUGCGCUCAUGUUAUUGUAUCAGAGAAAGGGCGACCUGAAUUCAGAAUUUGUCCGGAAAUUGGGCUUUCAAUGCAGAUGUAUCGAUGCGCUGAAUGCAAGAUUCAACUAAUGAAUAAACAUUGUUACCUUCAACCCCGUCAAUGCUUCUAUUCUGGACUAUUUUAUUGUAAAAAUUGUCAUUGGAAUGACUAUAGCAUAAUUCCUGGUAACAUAAUUCAUAACUGGGACUUUGAACAACGAGCUGUAAGCAGAAGCAGUCUACAAGAAAUAAAUUUAUUUUACGAACGUCCAGUCAUCAAACUUGAAGAAAUGAAUCCAAAGUUAUUUGUUUUCGUUCAAAAGCUUGUAAAUAUUCGUCAAAAACGAACAAGUUUAAUGGAGAUGAAAAGAUAUUUGGAUGUUUGUAAAUUUGCUUUGAAGAACAAAAUUGUUGAUAACGUUACGGGAUCACGAAGAUAUUUAGUUCAAAGUACCGAAUUUUACAGCGUUUAUGACAUGGUAUGUGCUGAGAAUUCUAGUUUAACUGACUACUUGAACGAGAUAAUUAAGCAAUUCAAAAGUCACAUAGCGAAGUGUGAGAUAUGCAAAGGUCAAGGAUUCAUUUGCGAACUUUGUGGACAAAACGAACCAAUUUAUCCUUUCAAUGAAGGUGUCCAUAAAUGUGAUACAUGUUCAGCAUGUUUCCAUCGAUCUUGUAUGAUGGGCUUACAAAAACGAUGUCCAAGAUGUGAAAGAUUGAAGGAAAAGAAAAUUUCGCCUAAAAAAAGCAAUCAGAAGGAUUUAAUAGAAAAUGAUUAAAAGUUUAAGUUGUCAUGCUUAUUAAUUUCCGUUGAAAUAUAUUUUACACCAAUUGAAAUAAAUUUGUUUUAAUUAAAGUUGGA